CCAAACUUGCGGUUGCUGUCGCAGGAGGCAACACCCCAAUUUGUCGACAGGCGCCGCCCCACGGGCCCGACCGCACCGCGCCAACGAUGGCCGAGACGGUGGACUUCGCGAGCGGCGACGCGGCGGUGUGGCGCGCGGCGCUGGCCGCGUACGACCGCCGUCUCGCGGCCCUGGACAAGCCCGACCUAGUGGCCGUGGACAUCUUCUACCGCCACGACCUCCCCGCCCUCCUGCGCCGCCGCGACCCCGACCCCUUCCUCGCCAAGCCCGAGCUGGUGCGCCUCCUCCAGUGGAAGCUCUCGCGUGGCAAGUGGAGGCCGAGGCUGAUGGAUUUCGUCACGGGCUUGGACGACGCGGUGGUGGAGUCGGCGUCGCGCAAGGCGUUCGCGGCGCUGCCCGACCUCGGAAGGGCCAUCGCCGAGCUCACCGUGCUCAAGGGCGUCGGCCCCGCCACUGCCUCAGCCGUGCUCGCCGCCUACGCGCCAGAUGUCGCGCCGUUCAUGUCUGACGAGGCGAUGGUGGCGGCCUUAGGCAAUGCAAAGGAGUACACUCUGAAGCAAUAUCUUGCAUUCGCUGAAAAAUUGCAGGCUAAAUCGAAGGAACUGAGCAUAGGAGGAGAAAUUUUCACACCUUCAGAUGUUGAGAGAGCAUUGUGGAGCUCGGCAGUUGGGUCCAAGUCGCCAGCAAAUGAUAACCCGAAGAGCGAAACAAAGAUGCGUGGCAAGAGAAAACGAUGAUUCGCGUUAAGCUUCUGUACUGGGGCUAGAAGGGUUUACUGACUGCAGGUCUAAGACUCUUAGAUUGAUCAUUGUAGUUUCUGUGAUCUAUGGCAUGAAGUAUUGCUUUUGGCUUAGCAGAGAGAAUGUGAACCGCGUGCUCUCCAAGAGCAGAUACUUCAUUUUGUACACGUCUGUCAUUGUGACCAUAUCGGCACGGCAUGAGCUGGGAUCUAUGAGCAUGUACCAGGUGUUGCCCUGAAUAAAAAUUGUUUGGUAAGGAGUUUGAUGUGCUGGUACACUAAGAGUCUGUUUGAUUUCCUGAAUCCCCCAGUCUGUAUGAGCGGAUGCGUAUAGUCUUAGAAAGAAUCAUAUUUGGUUGCAUGUAUCUACUGUUCUUGUCUAUAUGAGCGGAUGUAAAAAUAC